AAUCAGCUGGGACAAGCAGGAAACGUCUUCUAAUCCUCCUCCAAAUAUAGCAGCUGGAGUGGAACAGUCUGCGGUGCUGAAGAUUGGAAGGGAGAGGUAGGGGGUGGAGGCUAGGGCUGUUCGUCAACCAGGAGCCUUAAUUGUGUGAAAAGCCUUCCAUGGGAAAGAUUUGGGGAUCAAUGACAUAACAAGCCGGGAACUGUCGGGCUGACACCUGCGAAAUGUACUGCUACCUGCAUCGAAUGGGGAACUAGAGCUUUGGCCGUGGUGCUGACACUCUAAACGGAAUGCGGGGAACUAUCCAUGGUGCUGAUACUCUAUGGAACACAGGAGAACUCUCCUUGGUGCUGAUAAUAUAGGCAGAACGCAGGGGAACUCUCCGUGGUGCUGAUAAUAUAGGCAAAACGCCGGGUUACUGUCCAAGGUGCUGAAGGUACAGUCCUAUUCCUAGUGGGGAUAUCUUAGCCUGGAUAGCGAGUGCGCUUCACUGGAACUGACUGAAGGCAUCUCUCUCUCUCUCUCUCUCUCUCUCUCUCUCUCUCUCUCUCUCUUCCUUUCAUGGCCAUCCCACUCAAGAAGGAGGGACAUUUAUUGGAUAGUCUCCUGCACUGCAAAAUCUGAUCCCCCCCCACCUUUAUAUCAUUCUGAUGGCUCUUCCCAUUACUACCUAAGCUGCUAUCUCGUAAUGCCUGCGUUUGGCCAGGCCACAGCACCGGCUUCUUCAGUUCCCACUGACCCUGUGUAUUAGAAUAAAGCCCCAAUUAACACCUGCCCUGGACGCACAGACAUUUCUAUACAUCGGCCCUAAAAGUCGUUAUGAGAACUUUUUGGUAAAAUAAUCCCUCUGAUAGCUGGAAAGAACAAGAAGAAGAAGAAAAGGAGGAUCACAAUGGAGUUUAGGAAAGAGGAAUUCAAGAAACUAGCUGGGAAUACACUAGGACAUCUGCACAGGAUAUUGGAGAAGAAGCAGAAAAAUGGAGAAACCAUUGAGCUGACAGAAGAAGGGCAGCCAGUUGUCAAAGAAGAAAAACACCAGCCAGUAGUAGACUGUACCUGCUUUGGGCUUCCUCGUCGGUACAUCAUUGCCAUCAUGAGUGGCUUGGGCUUCUGCAUCUCCUUUGGGAUCCGAUGCAACUUGGGUGUAGCCAUUGUCAGCAUGGUCAACAAUAACACAGUCUAUAAGGGGAAUAAGCUUGUUAUUGAGCAAGCUCAGUUCAACUGGGAUCCUGAGACAGUCGGCAUGAUACAUGGUUCCUUCUUUUGGGGUUAUAUAGUCACGCAGAUUCCCGGAGGCUACAUAUGUCAAAAAUUUGCAGCCAACAGGGUGUUUGGGUUUGCCAUAGUAGCCACGUCAACGUUAAACAUGCUCAUCCCGUCUGCUGCCAGAGUGCACUUCGCUUGUGUGAUCUGCGUCAGGAUAUUACAGGGUCUCGUGGAGGGAGUAACGUACCCCGCAUGCCAUGGGAUCUGGAGUAAAUGGGCACCACCUCUGGAGCGUAGCAGGCUGGCAACGACUGCAUUCUGUGGUUCCUAUGCAGGAGCUGUGGUGGCCAUGCCUUUGGCUGGAGUUUUAGUUCAAUAUUCUGGGUGGAGUUCCGUUUUUUAUGUCUACGGAAGUUUUGGCAUAACAUGGUACAUGUUUUGGAUACUUGUGUCCUAUGAAAGUCCAGCGCAACAUCCCACAAUAUCCGAGGAAGAGAGGAAAUACAUUGAGGAAAGCAUCGGAGAAUCCACAGGAUUUAUGAACCCAAUGGCGAAAUUCAAGGCUCCGUGGCGCAAGUUCUUCACCUCUAUGCCGGUGUAUGCGAUCAUUGUUGCAAACUUUUGCCGUAGCUGGACCUUCUACUUGCUCCUAAUUAGUCAGCCUGCUUAUUUUGAAGAAGUAUUUGGGUUCGCAAUUAGCAAGGUUGGGCUUCUCUCAGCUUUGCCACACUUGGUCAUGACAAUCAUAGUCCCUAUUGGUGGUCAAAUUGCUGAUUUCCUACGGACCAAGCGGAUAAUGUCGACGACCAAUGUGCGCAAAAUGAUGAAUUGUGGAGGGUUUGGCAUGGAAGCUACACUGCUGUUAGUUGUGGGUUAUUCCCAUUCAAGAGGAGUUGCCAUCUCCUUCCUUGUUUUGGCCGUAGGUUUCAGUGGUUUUGCCAUAUCAGGGUUCAAUGUGAAUCACCUGGAUAUUGCCCCCCGCUAUGCCAGCAUCCUCAUGGGCAUUUCCAAUGGAGUUGGAACGUUAUCAGGAAUGGUGUGCCCACUGAUUGUAGGAGCCAUGACAAAGCACAAGACCCGUGAGGAAUGGCAAUACGUCUUCCUGAUUGCUUCUCUUGUCCAUUAUGGUGGUGUCGUUUUCUAUGGGAUCUUUGCCUCGGGAGAGAAGCAGCCAUGGGCAGAACCAGAAGAAACCAGCGAUGAAAAGUGUGGCUUCAUCCAUGAAGAUGAGCUGGCAGAUGAAAGUGAAGAGCAAACCCAAGCGCAUGGAGGGUAUGGCAGCUAUGGUGCCACCCAAACCACAAGCCAGCAGAAUGGUGGAUGGGCAACUGAUUGGGAGAAGAAAGAUGAAUUCAUCCAAGACCAAGGAAAGGACCCCUAUUUAUAUGGAACAGUUGCUGAAAGAGACUUAUCUUGAAUAGAAUUACAAGCAAAGAAUAUAAUUAAACCAAUAUCAAUGUCUCACCUCUAACUGCAAGACUGGCGAGUACGGAAGGAGAGAUGACUGGUAUUUCAGUGUCUCCCCACUUUCGGCCACAUCAUCACAAGGCAGCCCUUCUUAUUGUUUAAAUGCCUUCCCAUUUAUUAUAAAUAAGGGGGGGGGAGAUAAAAGCAGUGCCUACUCUUCCUUGGACUGCCCCUACAUUUCCAUUGGCCAAUUCUGUAUCAGUGAUUUGCUUGUUAUGUGUGUAGAUGCUGCAAAGGCAUGUGUGUUAUAAGAAUCUAUCACUUGUAUAAGUGUGCAAGCAAUAACAAAUGAGACGGUGUGUUUAUCAUUGACAGUGAAUUGCGUUAGACGUACACAUUACUGUGUGACUCCCAGAUGCUAAAACCAGGGAUAGAAUGUAGAACAUGUCCAUGAUGGGGCAUGACCAGUUCUACAUCACUUGGUUUUCAUCAAUAUUCAUUUUUUAAUAGAGGUGUAUGAAAAAUAUAUAUUUCCAGAUAUCUAUAUAGAACGUUCAUUCUUGGAAAUGGGGAUGAAGGGUCACUUGCCAGCCAAAUUUGUUUUGAAUUGAUGUGGCCCAGUGCAUCCAGUGUUUUAAGGAAUUAGCACCAAACGGGAAUGCCAAGUAUGAGUUGUUGAGCAGUGCAACUCCCAGCAGCCUUCAGCUGUUGUGAAAUUCAACACCCAGCAGCUUCAGACAGCCAUUGACUGGGAGGAGGUGCACCAUGUGCCACAUGUCUGACUUUUCUGUCCUGGAGUAAAAAAACAUGGGCGCGUUAAUAAUCCAUGGUAUUUGUCUCCAUUUUGCUAGUGUUGGUUUAAACUCGUUUUAACGUACAGUUGUGCAAAUUAUGUGGUCAUGGCAUGUCCUUUUGAAAUGAUGAUAAGAAUAUGUAAAGUCUUUUAUCGACUGUC